GAGGAGAACAAGAAAUAACAUGAAUCAUAAUAAUAUAGAUGAAAGACUGGAUGCACAUCUGAAUCUCUGGACCUGAAGUGGGAGUGUACUUUCUGCGGCCUCUGAGGAAUCACAGCCUGCCACAGGAGCAGUUGAGGCAGUUCUACAGACCAGUUAUUGGAUCUGUCCUGUGUCCAUCCAUCAUCGUCUGCUUUGGUACUGCCACAAAGAAGGACAAAAUCAGACUGUAACGGACAGUCAAGACUGCUCAAAAAAAUUAUCCUCCUUUUCUGGCAGUGUGCAAGUCCUCUUGCCAGAACUAAGACAAUGGCAUGUAAAAUCCUUGGACCCUCCACGUCCUGGUCACCACUUAUUCCAGCUCCUUUCCUCAGCCCACUGGUCUUGCUAAAGGAAGCAUUUACAAAGGUGAAGAACCAUCUAAUAAAGGACUGGACCUGGCAAACAGUGGAGAAACAGAUGGAGAAAAAGUGGUAAUGGAAAGGCUGGUCUCUUCUCCUGUUGCAGAACCAAAGCUUAAUGGCACUGAAUGUGACAACACAAGGCACAGCAGCCCGACAUACAGUCCUACAACAGGCCACAGCAAGGCGUUAUCCUUGGUAAAUGAGAAUGGUAUGUUGGACAUAGAGACACCACACGGUUCUGUUACUGGGAGCAAUGGAUUUAUUCUCAUUAAGCCGCAAGAGGAGGACAGCUCUGAAGCCACGCCUGGUUUGCCAGUGUCCCCUCACAGGACUAGCAGGCCACCUUCUAACGCCACCACUGGGGUACACUUGCCCAAACCUCCCCCUCCGUCAGUCUCUGGGUCUCCUCAGACGCUAGGUGACAUAAGGACUGACCCUGUUACAGGAACUACAUCAGGGGAGGAGACAAUAGACUUUAAAAAUGACACUGCCCCAACCACCACAGCUUCAACAACCAUCAUGAUACACAGAGCUCGCAAAACCAUGUCCAGGCCUGCUGUCACUCUCGAACAAAAGCUUCUCAAGAAGGAAUUAAGAGAAGCAAACAAUACCAAAAUGGAGACUUUGGUUUCAUCCGACACACCGAAACCUUCACAGCAGUGCUCAACAGAGAACCAUCUACCUCAGAAUCCUUCGGAUUUGCAAGCUUCAGCACAAACCGCUUCAUCUGCUUCACCAGCAACUCUUGUAGUUUCUUCGUCUCCACUGACAUCAACGCCAGCCAAGCUCCAACACGGUCACACAGGCUUCUUUACAGGAGGGUUGUCUUUGCGUAAGAAGAAGAGACGGAUGGGAACUUAUAGCCUCGUACCUAAGAAGAAACCUAAAAUUCUUCGGCAGACAACAAUGCUGGAAAUGUUUAACCGUGUACACCCGAAUUCCAAGAGCCCUGAGACAAAUAUAAACGUAAAUGGAGAGAAGAUUACACAUGCAUCUGAGGAAGAGGAGGAGUCGGAGGCGGAGUCGGAGGAGUCUGAUUCUGAGGAAGAGCAGUUGCAAGGAGAGGAACUUGGCAUUGAUGUCCAACAAGCAAAUCCAACGAUUGGGUCCAUCUCUCAGCCGGAGACUGAGCAGGAGGAAUCAGGGGAAUCUGGAGAAGAUGGAGAGGAGGAAGGCACAGAGUCAUACUUGAGCACAGAAUGUAAUCUAAAGAAGAAGUUAAAGAAGAAAACAAAAGGAGACAAUGCUUGGCUCAGGCCGUCCAGGAAGCACAAGAGGAAUGUUAAGGUCAACGAAUCAGAGGCGUUGGCUGAGCCUCCAGCUUCAUUUCUGAUGCACACAGAAGACAGGAAUGAAAACUCCCAGAUAACACCACCUGACAAACUCUGCAAUCUCCGUGAGCCUGACGCUACUUUAGAGGGCAAAGAGACGUCAAGUUCAACAGUGGAGGAGGCUCAGGAGCUACCUUUGUGCAGCUGCCGCAUGGAGACCCCCAAGAGCCGAGAGAUUCUCAUCCUGGCAGACAGGAAGUGCAUGGCUACUGAGAGUGUUGAUGGACAACUGACCCGCUGCCAGGGUGCUGUCUUGAAACAAGAAAUGAUGCGACCUUCCAACUCUGUUCAGCUGCUAGUUCUAUGUGAGGACCACCGCAAUGGCAUGGUCAAGCACCAGUGCUGCCCUGGCUGUGGCUUCUUCUGCAGGGCUGGGACCUUCAUGGAGUGCCAACCAGACAUCAACAUCUCACAUCGCUUUCACUGUGCCUGUGCCUCAGUGCUGAAAGGGCAAAGCUUCUGCCCCCACUGUGGGGAGGAGGCCAGCAAGGCCAAGGAGGUUACCAUCGCCAAGGCUGACACGACCUCCACUGUACCCCCCACACUUGCUCACGGACCAGCUCCGCCCGGAGCCCUUGAGGGCCGAGCAGACACCACUACUGGCAGCUCUUUACGCCCAGGUGUGGCAGGUGAUGGCAAUGGGAGAGCAGACAGCUCGCUUUGCAUUGGUUUAGUAUCCGGGUUAGACUCCCUUGCUGUUCCCGGAUCCUCCAUGUGCUCAGAACUGAAGGCCGAUAUUGAAGCAGCAGCCUCAUCUCCCGUUUUCCAGGGACCACCACGAGAAACUCUUGAAAGCAUUCUGGUUGCUCUUGACACAGAGAAACCCAAGAAGCUGCGUUUUCACCCAAAGCAACUUUACCUCUCAGCCAAACAAGGAGAGCUUAAGAAGGUUGUGCUCAUGCUGGUGGAUGGUAUUGACCCCAACUUUAAAAUGGACUCUCACAACAAACGCACCCCUCUCCAUGCUGCAGCUGAGGGAGGACAUCAGGAAAUCUGCCAUAUGCUUGUGCAAGCUGGUGCAAACUUGGAAACUUGCGACGAAGAUCAUCGAACACCGCUGAUGGAUGCCUGUGAAAACAACCACAUAGAGACGGCCAUGUACCUGCUGAGAGCUGGAGCCAGCGCUGUGCACAAGGAUGUUGAAGGGUUCACAUGUCUCCAUCUAGCGGCCAAGUCUGGUCAUGACAAUAUUGUUGAAUAUCUUCUGUGCACAGGAUACGUCAACAUAAACUGCCAGGAUGAUGGAGGUUGGACAGCCAUGAUUUGGGCCACAGAGUACAAACAUGUGGACCAGGUCAAGUUGCUUCUGUCCAAAGGAGCUGACAUCAGCAUCAGGGAUAAGGAAGAAAACAUCUGUCUUCACUGGGCAGCGUUCUCUGGCAGUGUUGAGAUUGCCACGCUGCUCCUGGAUGCAAACUGUGAUCUCCACGCAGUAAAUAUCCAUGGGGACUCCCCUCUACACAUAGCUGCUCGGGAGAAUCGCCUGGAUUGUGUUGUGCUUUUCCUAUCUCGAGGGGCAGAUGUUUCCCGAAAGAACCGUGAAGGAGAAGCCCCUUCAGACUGCUGCAGCCACAACUCAAAAACGUUUGCUGCCCUGCAGGCCAACAGGAGAGAGAAGGACGCCAAGAACGUCAGGUUCAUUCAAGCACAGGAAAAAAGCCUUCACAGUGAUAUUGCUCUAGGGCAGGAGAGAGUUCCCCUUCCAUGUGUCAAUGCUGUUGACAGUGAACCUUACCCAGAUGACUACAAGUACAUUCUUGAAAACUGUGUCACCUCCCCGAUGAACAUUGAUAGAAACAUUACACACUUGCAGUACUGCGUUUGCAAGGAAGACUGUUCUUCAAGUGUCUGCAUGUGUGGACAGCUCAGUCUGCGUUGCUGGUAUGAUACGGACGGUUGUCUUCUACCUGAAUUCUGCCGCGAGGAGCCCCCUCUUAUCUUUGAGUGUAACCAUGCUUGUUCCUGUUGGAGGACCUGCAGGAACAGGGUGGUGCAAAAUGGACUCAGGACCAGGCUUGAGCUCUUUAGGACCAGUAAGAAGGGCUGGGGUGUCCGAGCACGUCAAGACGUACCACAAGGGACCUUUGUAUGCGAGUACGUAGGUGAGAUCAUCUCUGAAGCAGAAGCUGAGAUGAGGCAAAAUGAUUCUUACCUCUUCAGUUUAGAUGAUAAGCCACAAGAUCUUUACUGCAUCGAUGCUCGUUUCUAUGGAAACAUCAGCCGGUUCCUUAACCACAUGUGCGAGCCCAACUUGUUUGCCUGCAGAGUGUUCACCACACACCAGGACCUGCGUUUCCCACACAUUGCCUUCUUUGCUAGUGAAAACAUCAAGGCAGGAGAAGAGCUUGGAUUUAAUUACGGUGACCACUUUUGGGAAGUGAAAAGCAAGGUGUUCAGCUGUGAAUGUGGCUCCUCCAAGUGCAAGUACUCGUCUGCAGCCAUGACGUCGCUGCAGGCGGACAGCACGCCAGAGAACCAGCAGCAGCCCAGCGCCUCCCCUGACACCAGCUCCUCCAAUGGUCCCUCCAGCCCCUCUUAGAAGUUGCCUCGCAGACAUCGUAUUUACACACGCGUCACUUCUCAUGGAUCUCAGGACACCUGUCCCAGUGUCCAGUAACUUUUUACAGAUGAACGUGUACUGUAUAGAGACACGAACCUUUGACUCUUGGGAAAACAUUUUGUUAUGGUGAACAAGAUGCACAAUUGGACCCCUGAAGAAUGUACAGCUCCUGUUUGCCAUCAGGCUAAAUGUGACCAGAGGGGGGGUUACCAAACAGAAACGAGGACAAUUAAAACAGUCUUUACAUUUCAUAUUUAAAUUCGCUGGGAAGAAGAAAAUGGCCUUUUGCUUUCAGUUAUCAAGAACCAUUCCACCAAAAUCAGCCUGUAUAUGUAAAUUUAAGUUAUCACUUCAUCAUGUCAUUUCUGUUGUCAUGGAGUGUUUGAAAAGACACAUCAAACAUUUGAUAACUGCUCCAAAUCUUUGAUAAAGAUAAAUAAAUAAUGCCAGGGUGGGUUAAAUUUGAGUAAAAAUACUUGAGAGUGGGAUGCUGUGUCUUUCCUUAAUAAGAUGAAUAAAAUGACCUUUCGUUAAGCUUGUUUGUUAAGGGGGAACUUCAUUGAUGCAGAACGAUUUUAACAGAUGAGUAACAAAACUGGUGCUCUUUUUAAAAAAACGAACAAACAAACAAAAAAAAAAACCUACAUGCUCAUUACCCAGGUGAACAUAAUUUGUAAGAUAAGAGAACCUUACGUUGUUUUUUUAAUGUUCUGUUUUAUUUCCAGUUUUGUAAUUGUACUUGUUAGUGGUUCUGUUCCUAUUCUUUUUUCUAUGAUUUUGCCAACAUAUCUUUUUAAACGUCGGUAGUGAAGUGACGACUGUGCAAAAUUUCGUAUUGAAAAAAAAAAAAGGUUACAGAAAUGCACUACCAUUAUUUUCUGUUACAUAUUCAUGGACCGUGAAACAUCAUUUGAAUUGGUUGUAUCUUUUUCAAUAAAUUUACUACUAAUGCAUUUCUUCUGA